CUUUAUAACCAGGCGCCGCUGUUUGGUUCCUGAGAAACUUGCUGAGAAAAAAUGGGACAGGAAAAUAGCGGCGGUGUCAGGAGGAAGAAAGGUGCUUGGUCUAUACGCUCCGUUUUCGUCCAUGCAGAUGGCGUGGAUUUAAUCCUGAUGGUCUUCGGAUUCCUCGGAGCCCUUGGUGACGGCUUUUCCACGCCGUUGGUUUUGUUGAUCACCAGCCGCUUGAUGAACAAUAUUGGCGGUGCAUCAUCCGAUUCCGCCCAAGAUGUUUUCUUGAAAAACAUCAAUAAGAAUGCAGUGGCGCUCUUGUACUUGGCUUGUGGAUCAUUUGUCGCUUGUUUCCUUGAGGGAUAUUGUUGGACAAGAACAGGCGAAAGGCAAGCGGCGAGAAUGAGAGCAAGGUACUUGAAAGCAGUGCUAAGGCAAGAAGUGGGAUACUUUGAUUUGCACGUUACAAGCACGUCCGAGGUCAUCACCAGCGUCUCCAAUGACAGUCUUGUGAUUCAAGAUGUUCUAAGCGAAAAGCUGCCAAACUUCUUGAUGAAUGCGUCAAUGUUCAUCGGCAGUUACAUAGCGGCGUUUAUAAUGCUGUGGAAGCUAGCAAUUGUGGGGUUUCCAUUUGUGGCGCUUUUGGUGAUUCCGGGCUUAAUGUACGGAAGGACCUUAAUGAGCCUGGCUAGGAAAAUCAGAGAAGAGUACAAUACGGCCGGUAAUAUAGCCGAGCAGGCUAUAUCUUCUAUACGCACGGUUUAUGCCUUUGUGGGAGAAAGCAAAACCAUAACAGAAUUCUCUUCGGCUCUACAAGGGUCGGUGAAGUUUGGACUUAAGCAGGGUUUGGCCAAGGGCUUGGCCAUUGGAAGCAAUGGGGUUGUUUUUGCUAUUUGGUCCUUCAUGGCUUAUUAUGGUAGCAGAAUGGUCAUGUAUCAUGGGGCCAAAGGAGGGACUGUUUUUGCCGUUGGCGCAUCUAUCGCCGUUGGUGGAUUAGCACUGGGUGCUGGUUUGUCCAACUUGAAGUACUUCUCAGAAGCAUGCUCAGCUGGGGAACGCAUACUAGAAGUGAUAAACCGAGUACCGAAGAUCGAUUCCGACAACAUGGAAGGCCAAGUGUUGGAGAAUGUCUUCGGGGAAGUCGAAUUCGAACACGUCGAAUUCGCAUACCCGUCGAGGCCGGAGAGCAUAAUCUUCAGAGAUUUUUGCUUGAAGAUUCCAUCGGGAAGGACAGUGGCUUUGGUGGGCGGGAGUGGCUCGGGAAAAUCUACAGUGAUAUCACUGCUGCAGAGAUUUUAUGACCCACUUGGUGGAGAGAUACGCCUUGAUGGGGUCGCCAUUGAUAAGCUACAGCUGAAAUGGCUAAGGUCGCAAAUGGGCUUAGUGAGCCAAGAGCCUGCGCUUUUUGCCACCUCCAUUAAGGAAAACAUACUGUUUGGGAAAGAAGAUGCCGAUUUGGAACAAGUGGUUGAGGCUGCCAAAGCUUCUAACGCUCAUGAUUUCAUCUCUAAGUUGCCUCAGGGUUAUGACACACAGGUAGGUGAAAGAGGUGUUCAAAUGUCGGGAGGACAAAAGCAAAGAAUAGCCAUUGCAAGAGCAACCAUCAAGAAACCUAGGAUCCUCCUCCUUGACGAGGCAACAAGCGCGCUCGACUCCGAGUCAGAGAGAGUAGUCCAAGAAGCCCUAGACAAAGCCGCCGUGGGCCGGACCACCAUCAUCAUCGCCCACCGCCUCUCCACCAUCCGAAACGCCGACAUCAUCGCCGUCGUCCAGAAUGGCCACGUCAUGGAGACUGGCUCCCACGACGAGCUCAUUCAGCGCGACGACGGCCUCUACACUUCCCUCGUCCGCCUCCAGCAAACGGAGAAACAGAAAUCCCCGGAGGAAUAUUCAUCGAGCCACGCCACUUCAUCCUCCAUAUCAAGCAUUGACAUGAACAACACGAGCAGCCGAAGACUUUCCAUCCUGAGCCGCUCGAGCUCCGCAAACUCGGCACGAGCCUAUUCAACGGCCGGAGACGACGUCGUUCAAGAGGAGAUGAAACUGCCCGUGCCGUCGUUUAGGCGGUUGUUGGCUCUGAACUUGCCUGAGUGGAAGGAAGCGCUUCUGGGGGGUUCGAGCGCGACAUUGUUCGGCUCGGUUCAGCCGGUUUACGCCUUCGCUAUGGGGUCAAUGAUUUCGGUCUAUUUCUUGACGGAUCACGACGAGAUUAAGGAGAAGACUCGGAUUUACGCGCUGUGUUUUCUUGGGCUGGCGAUCUUCUCUUUGCUGAUCAAUGUUUGCCAGCAUUACAACUUCGCAUACAUGGGAGAGUGCUUGACGAAGAGGGUUAGGGAGAGAAUGCUUUCGAAGAUAUUGACGUUUGAAGUUGGGUGGUUCGAUCAGGACGAGAAUUCUACUGGUGCAGUUUGUUCUAGACUCGCUAAAGAUGCCAACGUGGUGAGAUCCUUAGUUGGUGAUAGGAUGGCUCUUCUAGUACAAACUUUCUCAGCCGUAACGGUGGCCUUCACAAUGGGCCUUGUAAUUGCAUGGAGGCUAGCAAUUGUCAUGAUCGCUGUCCAACCACUCAUCAUAAUCUGCUUCUACACCCGACGAGUCCUUCUCAGAAGUAUGUCCAGCCAGGCCAGUAAGGCCCAAGACGAAAGCAGCAAGUUAGCCGCGGAAGCAGUUUCCAAUCUCCGGACCAUCACUGCCUUCUCUUCCCAAGACAGAAUCCUCAAAAUGCUUGAAAAGGCCCAAGAAGGCCCGCGCCGAGAGAGCAUCCGCCAGUCCUGGUAUGCCGGCAUUGGGCUCGCCUGCUCUCAGAGCCUCACUACUUGUACUUGGGCUUUUGACUUUUGGUACGGAGGGAGGCUUAUUGCGGACGCCUAUAUUACUUCCAAAGCCCUAUUUGAGACCUUCAUGAUCUUGGUGAGCACCGGUCGUGUCAUUGCGGAUGCGGGAAGCAUGACUACCGACCUUGCUAAAGGUGCGGACGCAGUUGGGACGGUUUUUGCAGUGUUGGACCGGUACACUCGAAUUGAGCCCGAAGACCCUGAAGGCUCUCAGCCCGAAACUAUAACGGGCUACGUGGAACUUCGUGACGUGCAUUUUGCAUAUCCGGCUAGGCCCGAUGUGAUGAUCUUCCAAGGCUUCUCGAUAAAAAUCGAGGCUGGAAAAUCAACGGCUCUAGUGGGACAAAGUGGGUCCGGCAAAUCAACCAUCAUUGGCUUAAUCGAGAGAUUUUAUGAUCCACUCAAGGGGGCGGUGAAAAUUGACGGUCGAGAUAUAAGGUUAUACCACCUUAGGUCAUUGCGCAAACACAUAGCACUAGUAAGCCAAGAGCCCACGCUAUUUGCUGGCACAAUCAAAGGGAACAUAGCAUACGGAGCGUCAGAUAAGAUCGGUGAGACAGAAAUCAUCGAGGCCGCCAAAGCAGCCAACGCUCACGAUUUCAUCGCGGGGCUAAAGGACGGGUACGACACAUGGUGCGGGGACAGAGGAGUGCAGCUUUCAGGGGGCCAAAAGCAAAGAAUCGCAAUAGCCCGUGCCAUACUGAGAAACCCCGCAAUUCUCCUAUUGGACGAGGCGACUAGCGCGCUUGAUAGUCAAUCGGAGAAGGUGGUACAAGACGCGCUGGAGCGCGUGAUGGUGGGAAGGACAAGUGUGGUGGUGGCACAUAGGUUGAGUACCAUACAGAAGUGUGAUGUGAUUGCGGUGUUGGACAAAGGGAAAGUGGUGGAGAAAGGAGCUCACUCUAAUCUGUUGGCUAAAGGGCCUCAAGGGGCUUAUUAUUCUCUAGUUAGCCUCCAAAGAACGCCAACCUCCGCGAGCCACACAAUCGACUAACUGUUCAUGUCGUGUCUCGUACGCGCGUAACUAGGUGUAUCUUCUUCUAAUUUAUUAGUUGCUUUUCUUUUGCUACAGGAACUGUGAAAUGCUCGCACGCGCGUAAAGCUUCUGCAUACUCUCAACCCUUUCAAAUUUGAGGGAGGUAUGGCACGUGGGUAUAUAUGUAAUACUAUUCAGAGAGCUUUGGAGUUUUUAUUUUGUGU